UACCUACAGACCCUUCAAGGAUCAAGGAUAGGUUGAAUAUAAUACUGGUCCUAUGAAGAAAAAAAAUUGUCUGAAUUGAAAUGAAGGAAACAAGUGUAUAAGCAUGAGUUUACAACAUGCCAUUUGCAUUAUGCAAGACAGUAAAAAUACAGUUUCCACCGUGGAAGAAUUUUAGUAAUUCAAUAAACAACAAGUUCACAUUAUUGAUUACACAUUAUUCAUGUUAAACUUCAUGAAGUGUUGCACAACUUAAUGUUUUUUUUACCCUUUCACUGAUUGGUCGGUGCCGGUGAGAAACAUCUUGGAGUUUGACCUCUAAUGUGUGAGGAUUGUGGAACAACAAAAUCCCCCCCUGUGCCCAGUGUUUGCAGGAGUAUCGUGUGAUGGGUACCAUGGAGUCCAAUUCUGCGUGUGGAAUAUCCAUAUUCUUCAGUGUUUUUCUAAUGCCUCUUCUUAUCACCCCACCUUGUAAUGGAGGUAAGAUUCUGGUGUUUUCUUUGGAUGGUAGUCACUGGAUCAAUAUGAAGCUCAUGAUUGAGGAACUCCACGCCAGAGGACAUAGCAUCUCUGUGAUCCGACCGUCAAAAAGCUGGUACAUUGAAGAGGUGUCCCAUUUGUAUGACUCCAUCAAUAUCCCUCAAUCCAAGCAAUUUGAAGGUCUCAUUCAUGGAUAUUUAGAGAGGAUUAUAAAGGUACAGAGAGAAGGAUCGUCGUCACUCACGCACCUCAAACUCAUUGUGCAGUUCCAAUCAAUGACCUCUGAGGUUCAUUCCAUAUACUGUGAUAUGCUUGCUCAAAUCUUUGAAGAUCCAAGGCUUCUCCAGAGCCUAUCAGAGGCCCAGUAUGACAUGGUUCUGACUGACCCUUCUAUUGCCAUCGGUGUCGUCCUCGCCAAGUAUCUCAAGCUUCCUACGGUGCUCAACGUCCGCUGGAUCACCAGUGGAGACGGCCAUUUCAUGAUCGCCCCGUCGCCGUUGUCCUACAUCCCUGUCCUGGGCUCGGGGCUAACAGACAACAUGAGUUUCACGGAACGCAUCAAGAACGUGUUUUUCCACGGCCUCAUUGUUUUCCAGGAGGUGUUCAUGAUUGGGCCUCAUUAUGAAGCCAUUUGUGACAAGUACAUUGAGGGAGGGUGUGACACCGUCUCACUCUUCCAGGAAGCGGAUAUUUGGCUGUUCCGGUCUGACUUUGUGUUUGACUUUCCUCGACCCACCAUGCCGAAUGUGGUUUAUAUAGGGGGCUUCCAGUGCAAGCCUGCCCAGCCACUCCCAGCUGACCUUGAAGCGUUUGUUGAGAGUGCCGGGGAGCAUGGAGUGAUCAUCAUGACCCUGGGUACUUUUGUGAGUGCGUUACCAGAUGACAUCGCAGAGGAUAUUGCCAGGGUCUUCGCAAAGAUGCCUCAAAAGGUCAUUUGGAGGCACACUGGAAAAAUACCAUCUUCUUUGGGCAACAACACACUGAUCCUUGAUUGGAUGCCCCAGAAGGACCUCCUGGGACACCCUCAGACCAAGGUGUUUGUGGCUCACGGAGGAACCAAUGGAGUCCAGGAGGCCAUAUACCAUGGGGUCCCAGUGCUGGGCAUACCCCUGUUCUUUGACCAGUUCGACAACCUGCUUCGUCUACAGGAGAGGGGAGCGGGAAAGAUUAUAAGGCUGGCAGAUGUUAACUUUCACAGCUUUGAGCAGGGACUCAAGGAAGUGCUCCACCAAGACAGUUACAGUCACAACAUGCAGAGACUGUCCGGUCUGCACAGAGACCAGCCGAUUCCUCCCAUGGACCACGCCAUCUUCUGGGUGGAGUACGUGAUGCGCCACAAAGGUGCAGCCCACCUGCGUACACAGGCUUAUAAGAUGCCCUGGUACUCCUACUACUCUAUAGAUGUACUGGUGGCUCUGUCGGCUGCAGGAACCUUCUUUCUUCUCGCUACUUUUAUCAUGUUUAGGUUGUUAUGCUGCAGAGGGAGAACAUCAAAGGUCAAAAAACAUUGACUCAAGUGCACAGAGCAUACAAGUAGAAUACUUUCUGGGCUUUUCCCUGAAAACUAUACAAAGCAUUAGAAUUGGUGUUCCCACCCUUCUCCUUCCUGGUCAGAUUUGACAAAAAUGAAUAAUACAAAUUAUGUUGAUAUCAAAUAAACAAAAAUUCAAACUGAACCUGAAUUUAUGUUUUUGCA